CACAAAAACAUUUCGCACAAAUUGGGGGUCUGGCCGGUCGACGUCGCCAUUCGCUGGCGCAGUUCCUUUCCAAUUAUCAUCCCAGGUGGCGGUGCGGCACACGGUGUUUUCCCUGAUUUGAGUGGAUAGUCGAUUUUGGUUUUUGAACUACAGAAUUUGUGCAACAAAAUGGCUCUAGUCAGACUGUUAGGAGUGGAGUGCCGCAAUGCUCUGCAGCGCAGCUACAGUACCGCCUCGGUCCCAACGACCAAGAUGUUCAUCGAUGGCAAGUUUGUGGACUCGAAGACCACCGAAUGGAUUGACCUGCACGAUCCGGCCACCAACAAGGUAGUCACGCGUGUCCCCAAGUGCACCCAGGAUGAAAUGGAAUCGGCAGUGGAGUCCUCGAAGAAGGCUUUCAAGACUUGGAGCCAGACUUCGAUCCUGGGCCGUCAGCAGGUCAUGUUCAAACUGCAGCACUUGAUCCGCAACAACAUGUCCGAGUUGGCCAAGAACAUCACCAAGGAACAGGGCAAGACUCUUGUCGAUGCCGAGGGUGAUGUCCUCCGUGGAUUGCAGGUCGUUGAACACUGCUGCAGUAUCACCUCCCUGCAGAUGGGCGAGACCGUGCCCAACAUUGCCAAGGACAUGGAUACCUACUCGUACACUCUGCCAUUGGGUGUGACGGCUGGUAUCUGCCCGUUCAACUUCCCUGCUAUGAUUCCCCUGUGGAUGUUCCCGGUUGCCAUUACCUGCGGUAACACCAGCAUCAUCAAGCCAUCGGAGCGUGUCCCCGGAGCUACCAUGAUGCUGAUGGAGCUGUUGAACGAAGCUGGAUGCCCACCAGGUGUUGUGAACGUUAUCCAUGGAGCCCAUGAUGCUGUGAACUUCAUCUGCGACAAUCCAACCAUCAAGGCCGUCUCAUUCGUGGGAUCCGAUCAGGCCGGCAAGUACAUCUACGAACGUGCCGGACGCAACGGCAAGCGCGUUCAGUCGAACAUGGGAGCUAAGAACCACGGAGUCAUCAUGGCCGAUGCCAACAAGGAGAACACGCUCAAUCAGCUGGCCGGAGCUGCCUUCGGUGCCGCUGGACAGCGUUGCAUGGCUCUGUCUACCGCAGUAUUCGUUGGAGAGGCCAAACAAUGGAUCCCGGAUCUGGUUGAGCGCGCACGCAAGCUGAAGGUCAACGCUGGACACGUUCCCGGAACCGAUGUUGGUCCAGUUAUUUCCCCACAAUCCAAACAGAGAAUCAACGAACUGGUUGAAUCUGGAGUUAAGGAAGGCGCCAAGCUGGUUUUGGACGGACGUUCCAUCAAGGUGGAGAACUUUGAAAACGGAAACUUUGUUGGACCAACCAUCCUGACUGAUGUGUCAACAAACAUGAAGUGCUACACCGAAGAAAUCUUUGGCCCGGUGCUGGUGUGUUUGACUGUUGACACUGUUGACGAAGCUGUUGAAAUGAUCAACAACAACCCAUACGGUAACGGAACGGCCAUCUUCACCACCAACGGAGCUACCGCCAGGAAGUUUGUCAACGAAAUCGACGUUGGCCAGGUCGGUGUCAACGUGCCAAUCCCGGUGCCAUUGCCGAUGUUCUCUUUCACUGGAUCUCGUGGCAGCUUCAUGGGCGAUUGCCACUUCUACGGCAAGCAGGGAGUCAAGUUCUACACCCAGACCAAGACUGUGACCCAGCUGUGGCGUGAGGGAGAUGUUUCCCACACCAAGGCUGCUGUGGCAAUGCCAACGAUGAAGUAAGCUAAGAGAAGUCGGGAGGUACGAUUCGGGUAAAAAUGCCUUCCAACGAAGGAGUUGCGCGUGCAUUUACUAGAUUAAAUACAAUUCAUAUACUGCAUUUACUACAUAUCUGAUAUUCAGCUUAAAUAAAGACAAUCGCCUUAUGCUACUGUGUUAAAAA